AAUAAAAUGGAAAACCCUCUAACUGUUGUUUGUAUUUCUGAUACUCAUUCUAAAUUUGUUGAUUUACCUCCAGGGGAUAUAUUUAUACAUUGUGGUGAUUUUUCAAAUUGUGGAGAGUACAAUGAAGUAUAAAAGUUUAUAAGUUGGAUUAAAUAAAUACCCUUUAAAUAUAAAAUAGUGAUAGGAGGAAAUCAUGACACAUUUCUUGAUACAGAAAAAUAUGAAAAAAUUCUUAAAGAUAGAUUCCACAAAAAUUAACCAUUGAGACAUUUAGAAUUAUAGAAGGAAUUAAAGGAAAAUUGUAUUUACUUAGAGAAUUCAUCAGUAAAUAUAGAAGGAUAUAAGAUUUGGGGAAGCCCAUAUUCUCCAACAAUACCUUAUAAUCCAUGGGCAUUUUAAGUUGAUUCUAAAGAUGGGGAAUAAUUCUGGAAAUAAAUAGAAGAAGGCUCUGAUAUUGUUUUAACACAUGGAGCUCCAUUAGGACCUUAGUCAUUUGUUAAUUAUUAAUAUAGUCAAGGAGAAUGGGGAGAUGAAGCAUUAGCAAAAAGAAUCAAAGAAGUAAAACCACUUUAUCAUAUAUUUGGGCAUGUACAUGAAAAUUAAGGUAUGAUAGAAGAAGAUGGAAUUAAAUAUAUUAAUUGUGCAAUUCUUGAUGAAGCUUAUCGUCUAUCUGAAGAACCCUUUGUUUUUAAAUUACCUAGAAGAGUUAUUUCAUAAAAGGAAAAUGAGGAUAAAUUAUCAUAAGAUUGA